AUGUGGUUGUAUAUAAAACAACAUAAUUCUGCAGAGUGCAGUAUUGUUGCUGCUGAUGUUGGUGCAUACAUUGAAGGCCAGGCCCAACUGCCAGUAGCAGUCUUUACUGAUAGCUGGGCUGUUGAGGUUCAUGGUGGAAUUGAAGCUGCUAAUGAGAUUGCAGAGAGACAUGGCUUCACUAACAUGGGAAGAGUUGGUGCCUUUGCUAAUAUUUAUCAUUUUAAAAUGAGCUCCUCUAUUCACAGCGUUAAUGAAAACAUUAAAUCUGGUACUGAAGUGCAAUACAUGACAAGUGCCCUCAAGUCAGAGAUAAAGAACAAUACUGGUCAGACGAAUGAGACAAACCUUUACCUUGAUCUGAAUGCAGAACCAGCAUGGAUACAAGGAUAUACUGGAAAUGGAAUAUUAGUUGGUGUCGUGGAUGAUGGAGUGCAACAUAAUCAUACCGACCUAAGGAAUAACUAUGUGUCAGCUUCCAGUUAUAAUUUUAAUGAAAAUAUUAGUGAUCCUUCUCCUCCAAGUGGAUCAUCUCAUGGAACUGCUUGUGCUGGUGAAAUUGUCAUGGCCCGUGAUAAUAAUGUUUGUGGAGUAGGUGUAGCUUAUGAUGCCUCUGUGGCAGGUCUUCGUUUAUUGGGAGGAGAUAUCACAGAUAUAACUGUUUCAUCUGCUCUCAGUUAUUCUCGUGACAAUAUUGAUAUUUACAGUAACAGUUGGGGACCACCUGAUUCAGGUUUCACUAUUGGUGGGCCAGGAUACCUGUCAUCAUUAGCAUUGAAAGAAGGAGCUGAAAUGGGGAGAAAUGGUAGGGGGAACAUUGUUACAUUUGCUGCUGGAAAUGGAGGAGGAUUUGAGCUUGACACUUGUGCAGCUGAUGGUUAUUCCCAGAGUAUAUAUGCUAUAUCAGUUGGUGCUUAUGCUCAGGAUGGUGCCCCUGCUUCUUAUGAUGAGAAAUGUUCAGCUAAACAGACUUGCCCCAUUAAUUAA